AUGGCUGUUUCUGCAGCAGACAUGCCUCCAAACUUACCUCCUCCAGAACAAUCAGAGGCUGCACCAUCAGAAGAUUCCAGUAUUAAGCAACCAGUUGAGGAUGCAAACAGUGCUGGAACUGAAGUGCAAAAAGUGCCACAGGAACCUAAUGGCCCUGAGGAAUAUGAUGGCAAUGUUAGAGUGGGAGACCUAGUUCCUGAAGAGCCUGGAAGUUUAGAAGAAAAAAAUUUAGUGUGUGGAGGACUUGAUGUUAUUGCUUCUAGGCCUCUGGAUGUAGUACCAGCAAGUGUUCCACCAGACAGAGGUCUAGCAAGUGGACAUGAAACAAGACAUCCCGAUAUCAUUGAUGUGUGGCAGAGUGGAGUGGAAGGUGGUGCAAUGGGACCACCAACUAGUGUUACUUCUAGUUUAAUGGGAACUGAACAAAGUGAAAAUAUUGACAGUGAAUAUGAUGAAAGAGGACGGGUUGUACAUAAUGUGGAUCAUAGUGAAAGAGAGAACUCUGUGGAACAACAGGAACAUAGACUGCUUCCAGACCUAAUGUCUAUGAACAGUGUAGACAGCUCUGGCACCAGUGAAGGAGCAGGUUGCGUACCAGAUUAUCCAGAACCAGCUAUAGUCAUGGAAAAUGCUCUUUCUGAUUUACAGAUGAAUGAACCUGCCAUUGUGAUGGAGAGUCAGUCAUGUAGUAGAAUACCAGAGGUUGUAAAUGUCCACCAGACUGCUGAGCAGCAAGGGUAUGGAGAAAAUCAGUUAUUAGUAUCUAGAAAUACAGUUUCAAGCCCUUCUGUCAGUAAUACUGUAAGUCAAGCUCCCACUGAGGAGGGAGCUACUGUUAAUGAUGUUCCUGGUAUUCUCCAGGAUCAUGUUAGCCCUGUCUGUGAUAAUGUAGAUAGAUUACAAGCUGCUAAUGCGCUUGAUAGUGAAAGAUUAGAAAGUCAGGCAACAUCUCAAGGAUCUCUACCAGAUGUCAGUGACGUCAACCCAGCCCCAGUUACUUUUAGCAAAGAUGUUGCUAUUGAUGAUGCAGAUCUUGAUGCAGAACUAGCAGAAUUAGAGGAAGAACAAUUUCGGUUGCAAGGAGCAUAUGGAGGCAAUACUUAUCAAUCCAAAGACCUGGCAGGUUCAUCUUGCACAGAAAAUUCUAAAACAGAUGCAGCUGCUGUUGGUAGUGAUGUACAACAGUUGCCAGACUCUGCUUUAGUUGAAGGUCUGGAUUUGAUUGAUAGUAUGAAUGCCACGCAGUCUGGUCUGAGAUCAGAUGUUCAAGAGAGUACUGGUGAUGCACAGGCAAAGGAAGGGGAGGCUGAAACACUGGAAGCUGGAGCAGCUGAUUGGCAGCAUGAAAACAAUAAAGAAGAAGAAAAAGAGGCAACUAUAGGUGCUAAAUCAGUGCUUGAAGCGCAGGGUGUGUCACUGUCACAGCGCUCAGAAGUAGGUGGUGUUGAAGAAGUGAUCUGUCAGCCUCAGAGCAGUGAUAUGUCGGCUCAGGCAUCAAGUAACUGUCACACAGGUCAUGUUAUGGAUAAUAGUGGCCAAACCAGUAAAUAUCCAGAAGGAGAUGGAGGUGACAAUCUGUCAAAUAACAGCACAGGGACAGACACCAUGUCUUCCAGCAGUACACUAACUGAUGGAGAUCUUGGCUCACCGGAGAGGCAACCACAGCAGUCUCAGCCUACCCCAGAGUCUCCGUCCAGAGUAACACCAGGAACCUUGGUGACAGCAGUGUAUGAUGAUGACAGUGGAUCUGGUAGGGAGGACGAUGGCAACAAUGAUGAUGGUGGUGCAUCUGGAGGAGCUAGUGCAUCUGGCGCUGUUGGGGCCUCGGGUCAUGGUGGGGGGAUGGUUGUGGGUCACUACGCCCCCUUCUGGAUCCCUGAUGAAGAUGCUCCCUACUGCCAGGAGUGUGGUCAGAAGUUCACAGUCAUACGGCGACGCCAUCAUUGCAGGGCUUGUGGACGUGUCUUGUGUGCGCAGUGUUGUCAUGAUAAGGCACCUUUGCCGUACAUGGAAUACAAGGAAGCUCGAGUUUGCGGGUCUUGCCUGCAAUUGAUACAAGCUGGGCUAGAAGAUGAACCUGGUGCUGCUGCAAGAUCAUCACGGCAGUCUUCAGACAGUCAUCGACGACCUCCAGAUCCUAAUAAUCCUAUGGAGUACUGCUCUCGGGUGCCCCCACCGCAGCAGGUCGCAUCCACCUCUGUUGUGCCUCCGCCCACAGUCAUGGUACCUGUGGGUGUGCUGAAGCGUGAGGGCAGUAGCAGUAGCGCUAGGAGUCGGGGAAACAAACAAGUGAUUUUCAGUGACGGCAUCCGGCCAGGUGGCGACUUGACUGAGCUGGACGGGUCAGGGAAAGUCCCUCCCCCUUAUCGCAGAUCAGGGCGGGUGGCCCGGAGGGUGGACCGUCCCUCCACUGGCAGUGGUGUUAGUGGUGGCCCAGGUGGGUUACUGCGCUCCCUACCACCUGACCGCUGCCUCAUCCCCCCUGGGGUUGGCCUUCCCCCUGUGGUGGUGCAGGCCCCUGCCACUGGAGAGUAUGUCUUUGAAGAUAACCCAGAUAGCAGCAAGUUGGAGGAGCAGAUGAGGGGAGAUGGACCACCAGUAGUCUUUGCUGUUCACAAGAAUCUUACAGUCCUUGUCAAGAUGGUAAAACUUGAGUGUUGUGUAGGGGUGGAGGUCUGGAACAUUGCCACCCGGGGUCUGUGUACGGUGGGCCAGGAGGAGAUGGUUGUGCUUCUGGAAGUGGCUCCUGGAGAGGCUCACCCCCCAAGGGACAUCUUUGCCUUCUUCCACACUGUCUAUCAGCAGGCUAAUCAAGGGAACUUGGUAACUGAACUAGGACAUACCAUCUUUACUGAACCAGAAGGAUUUUUAGGGUCUCGGGAACAUGGUGGUUUCCUGUACAUACGGCCCACAUUCCAGUGCCUGCGCAACCUAGUGUUGCCACCUUCUCCAUAUAUAUUUGCCGUCCUUAUUCAGAAGUGGGAGACACCUUGGGCUAAAGUUUUCCCACUGCGUUUGAUGCUGCGUAUGGGAGCUGAAUUUCGAUACUAUCCUUGUCCUCUUGUGUCAACUCGCAACAGAAAGCCAGUCUUUUGUGAGAUUGGACACACAAUUAUGAAUUUAUUAGUUGAUUUCAGAAAUUAUGCCUACACAGUUCCUGCAAUUGAAGGUUUUGUUAUCCAUAUGGAAGACAAGAAGACCAGCCUGCUCUUUCCAAAGAAUAGAUAUGAACAGGUGGCCAAAGCUUUAAGUAACAGCAAUGACCAUGUUCUUGCUCUGGGGGCUAACUUCAGUCCACAAGCAGACUCGCAUUUAGUCACUAUAGAAAAUGAUGACGGACACUAUUCCACUCAAGCCAUCAAUAUACAUAACCGACCACGUAAAGUGACUGGAGCAAGCUUCAUUGUGUUUAAUGGAGCACUGAAGACCACGUCUGGUCUGUCUGCCAAGUCGUCCAUUGUAGAAGAUGGUCUGAUGGUUCAGAUACCAGCUGAUAUGAUGACAAAGCUGCGUGAAGCUUUGCGUAAUAUGAAGAAUUUCGAUAUCCCAUGUGGCCCCAUCUCGACCAGUAUGCCAGAUGAGGUUGUGUCCAUUGAAUGGACUAGUGACGACAAAAACUUCAAUGUUGGUAAAGGAAUUGUUAAUCCCCUCUACAGCAUCAAGAGCCCAGUGGAUGAGAAACAGAUGGACGGCAUCCCUUCUGUUAAGAUUCAUUCGGGCACAGACUAUGUUAGUAAUGCUCACUUGAUAAGAUGGACAGAAGUUUUUAUCAUGCAGGGUGAAACCAACAACAGUAGUGAUGUUAAUUUGAGUCGUCUCUCAGAAGUCUUAGCAAGAGCCUUUUGUGUGGCAUUAACACCACACCUGUCAGACUUGUAUUUAAAUGGACACUCGCGUCUUGGACUACGGGCCACAGUCCAUCAAGACAAUGUUGGCUAUGAAGCAGGGAGCAGCGGGAACAGAUUGCCAGCUGCGUGUAUGAAUGACCUUGACAUGGAGUUGAUUCCUGUAAUCCACAGAGCUGCAGCCAAUAUUACAGACCAACCCAUUAUACUGGAGCUUGUAUUCCACAUUAUGGAGCAGUAAUAUCCACCCAAGCACUUUCUGUUAAGGAGGAAGGAAACAUGCACUGAAAUAAGUAAUGUAAAGUACUUAUUACAGCCUUAGUGGCUAGAGUAGAUAUUGCAGCAGGUCAGCCAUUGGUAUUUGCAUUCUAUAUAGUACUGUUGGUCAAAGUGAAGAAGUGCAGACAUUUCAUAUUUGAAUUUGCUGUAAUAGUUCACAGUAUGUAUGAUUACAUAUCUAUUUAUUUGUAUGAUUUUUAUUUUGAAUAUUACUGAUGUGAAUUUUCAUAUUUCUCUUUAUUUUAUUAUUUAUUACCUAUAUCCAUAAUUAUUUGCAUUAGCACCGGGAUCAGUGUUGACUUGAGCAUCAUUGUCAUGGUUAUUAUCUCAACUACUGAUGAUAUUAGUAACUUAGAAGGGUGCACCUGUGAGACAUAUCAGGCAAAAAGGGUGCGGUUCUCUCAAAUGUAUUUUGUGCCAGUCACAUUUAAGGUCUCUAUUAAUUUUCAUUCUUGCCUGUAUUGUCUUGAAUAUUCCCCCAAUUUCCAUACUUUUUAUGUUUUGAUGAGCCUAAUCAGAAAUUAGAUUAGAAAAAAAGAUUCAUCCAAAAUGUAAUUUUUAUAUUCUCUAAAUUUAUGUCUUAAAAUUCUGUCAAGAAUUAUGUCAAUAAAGCAUAUGAAUGUAA